AUGCUAGUGACAUGGAUGAUUUUGGAAUUUUUGGUGGCUUUGGCCGCUGUUUCGGCGCCGUUUUCGGCGGCCGUCAUCACCACGGAUUAUUCGAGCUCCGACACGAGGUUCGGCUACGAAUUGGUCACAAUUUACAAAAGCAAAUCGGCGAUGAAUGAUUCGAGUUUGACGAGGAAUGUUUGCGCUACUUGGUGCCAAUCUUUCUCGGGAUGCGUCGCUUAUAGCUACUAUUUCCGAUUCGCGGAUAAAUUAAGGGAGUGCAAAAUCGGACCGAGUUCCACGUCCAUCAGAUUAUUGGCGGGAUCAACGGUUUAUUCGAAACUUCGUACUGUUAUGUUCCAAUACUCGAUUGGCGCUGGGCUGCAUUAUUUGCUGUAUCCGAACCCUCAGGCGAUUUAUCCCUCAAAUGCGUUGAUUUGGUGGUGCAUCGAAGCCCCGCCAGGGAUGAGAUUGACUGCCAACACAUCAUUCUGGGAUGUGGAACCUUGCUGUGACUACGUCGAUGCAUAUGAUGGCUGCGACGCAAACAAAACCCUUCUGAAAACUUAUCGUGCCUUGGACACGAAGGUGGUUUCCACGCAGAACAUGAUGGCAUUCAUGUUUUUCUCAGACUACACUCGCAAUUAUCUCGGAUUUGAAAUCGACUUGUGCGUCAAAAUCACAGGAAGUGCGCAAAAACAAAAAUACGUGAACCUGAUCUCCAAGGCAACCGAUCGACGUCAGAACCGGAUUUCUUUAGCAAACGCCGCUGCUUUCAUUUUACUUUUCGCGCCAUUCACAGCAGCUGCGAUCACCACUGAUUAUUCCAGCUCGAACACGAGACUCAACCAGGAAUUGGCAGUGAUUUACAAAAGCAGAUCGGCGAGAAAUGACGAAACCUUGACGAAGAAUGUUUGUGCUGGUUGGUGUCAAGCUUACCCGGGUUGCACGGCUUAUAGCUACUAUUUCCGAGCCAUUGACAAGUUUGCAGAAUGCAAAAUCGGACCGAGCUCGACUUCGACGAAGCAGCGAACAGGAGCCACGAUUUCCUUCGCAGUGAAUCUCUUUGGUGGAGAAGUUUGCGAACUUCAGAAACAAUGCAAUACGAGUUCAAUGAUGAGCUGUGUGAACAACGUAUGCACUUGUCCUUCUACUCAUACCCUGGCAAUGGAUGGACAGCAGUGUUUACCACUUGUUGGAUUCAAUGAGUCUUGCAAGGAACAGCAGCAGUGUCCCACGUCAUCAUCAUGCCUGAGUGCAUUAUGUCAAUGCGAUCCUGGGACAACAUUAUUUUAUGGAGAAUUGCCUUGUGUUGAUUCUGGUGUGGAGUUUGUGUUCUUGUUGCGGUCUUUACUUGUAACAAGUGCUGACCAAGAUUCUGCUGUGUCAGACAAAAAUUUAACCAGUGAUUCCAUAAUGCUAGGGGCAACUGUAUUCCUGCUGAGCGAUGUGCGGAAAUUGAUACACGGAUUCAACGGGUGGAUGAGCCGGUGUGUGAUUCCGGCGCGACACCUGUCUGACAUUCCAGAAAGGAAAUUUGGCAAUGAAGCGUUCAUUUCUGCGAUCGGAAAUGACUCUUGCUAUGACUGGAAUCAGGCCCAGCUUCUUGCCGAAUUGGACUCGACCAGGACUGCUAAAGGUCAUGAACUUUGUCGGAAGUUCUCGAUCGCCUCGUCGACAGACGCGGAUGAGAAACUCAAUUCGGCGCAAAAAUAA